AUGGCCUCAUUACGAACGACCGCCUCGGCCGCGCGCCUGAUGCGCAGUGCCUCGCAUGCCCGCACCACCAUCCUCCCCGCCACACGCCGUUAUGAGAGCUCGACAGCCGUCCCGGCCAAGACAGAGCAGCAGAAGAAGGAGUCGUCUCCGUUGGCCACACUCCCAAGGAAUGCGCCCGACUACAAUGUCCCCAUCGACAUGGCCACCAGCACUUUUACUCCCGUCCCGAAGCACGUGCAAGACGGCAGUGAGGAGGGUCUCCCGACGCCCGCCGGUCUCCUCUCGGGUGCGCCCAUCGAGCUUCAAGCGAGAACCGUUCGUAUCUACAAACCCGCCAAACCCGCCACCCAAUCCGGCACACAAAUCGGGACUCGCUGGCGACUAGACUGGGACGUGCUCGGCAAGGGCCAUCGGUGGGAGAACCCCCUGAUGGGGUGGCAGUCAUCGGCCGACUUCGUGCAGGGCACGCACAUCCACUUCAAGACCAAGGAAGACGCCAUCGCAUUCGCCGAGAAGCAAGGGUACGAGUACUUUGUGCAGGAGCCGAAUGAGCGCAAAUUCGCUCCUAAGGCGUACGCCAACAACUUUUUGUACUCGUCCAAGAAGUUGAAGCAUAUCCGGACGAAGUAA